GCGCCUCACCCCGGGCGACCCCGGAAGUGGGUCGGGGGCUUGGCCUCUGCCCGGCCGCUGAGCCGGAGCUGGAGGUCCUGUCCGCGGAGAGUUUCAGCCGAGCUAAUUUGUCUGGCAGCGGACCCUGGGCAGGGCCCGAGGCCAGGGGUUCAAGAUGCUAAACGUCCCUUCCCAGUCUUUCCCGGCGCCUGGCUCGCAGCAGCGCGUCGCCUCGGGGGGGCGUAGCAAGGUUCCUUUAAAACCGGGUAGAAGUCUUAUGGAUUGGAUUCGACUGACCAAAAGUGGAAAGGACCUAACAGGAUUGAAAGGAAGGUUAAUUGAUGUAACUGAAGAAGAACUUAAAAAACACAACAAAAAAGAUGAUUGUUGGAUAUGCAUAAGAGGGUUUGUUUAUAAUGUCAGUCCAUAUAUGGAGUAUCAUCCUGGUGGAGAAGAUGAAUUAAUGAGAGCAGCAGGAUCAGAUGGCACUGACCUUUUUGAUCAGGUUCAUCGUUGGGUCAAUUAUGAAUCCAUGCUGAAAGAAUGCCUGGUUGGCAGAAUGGCGGUUAAACCUACUCUUUCUAAAGACUACCAUGAGGAAAAGAAAGUCUUAAAUGGCAUGCUUCCUAAGAGCCAAGUAACAGAUAUACUUGCUAAAGAAGGCCCUAGUUCCCCAAGCUAUGAUUGGUUCCAAACAGAGUCUUUAGUCACCAUUGUCAUAUAUACUAAACAGAAGGAUAUCAAUGUGGACUCAGUAAUAGUUGAUCAUCAGGAUGAUUCCUUUAGAGCAGAAACAAUUAUCAAGGAUUAUUCAUAUCUCAUACAUCUUGGGCUAAGCCAUGAGAUUCAGGAAGAUUUUUCUGUGCGGGUUGUUGAGAAUGUGGGAAAAAUAGAGAUUGUUCUGAAGAAAAAAGAGAAUACUUCUUGGAAGUGUCUUGGUCAUCCCCUGGAGAAUCAUAAUUCAUUUAUUCCAAAGAAAGAUACAGGUUUGUACUGCAGAAAGUGCCAGUUAAUUUCCAAGGAAGAUGUUACUCAUGAUACGAAGCUUUUCUGCUUGAUGCUGCCACCAAGCACUCAUCUUCAGGUGCCAAUUGGGCAACAUGUUUACCUCAAGCUAACUAUUACAGGUACAGAAAUAGUGAAGCCAUAUACACCUGUAUCUGAUUCCUUACUCUCAGAGUUCCAGGAACCAGUUAUUUCCAACAAUAAAUACAUCUACUUUUUGAUCAAAAUCUAUCCUGCUGGACUCUUCACACCAGAACUUGAUCAUCUUCAGAUUGGAGAUUAUGUUUCCAUAAGCAGUCCUGAGGGCAAUUUUAAAAGAUCUCAGAUUCAAAAAUUAGAAGAUCUCUUUUUAUUGGCAGCUGGAACUGGCUUCACACCAAUGGUUAAAAUACUGACUUUCGCAUUGACUAAUAUACCCAGUCUCAGGAAAGUGAAGCUGAUGUUCUUCAAUAAAACAGAGGAUGAUAUAAUUUGGAGAAGCCAGUUGGAGAAAUUAACGUUUAAAGAUGAGAGAUUUGACAUUGAAUUUGUUCUCUCAGCGCCUACUUCUGAAUGGAAUGGCAAACAGGGACACAUUUCACCAGCUCUUCUUUCUGAAUUUUUGAAAAGAAGCUCACACAAAUCCAAAGUCCUCAUCUGCAUUUGUGGACCAACGCCAUUUACAGAAGAAGGGAUAAGGUUGCUGCAUGAUCUUAACUUUUCCAAAGAUGAGAUUCAUAGUUUUACAGCAUAAUGAAGAACUGUCAUUGUCCUUUAUUCAACUGAUUUAUCUAAAUUUGUGAUUGCUUAGGGUUUUUUAAGAGAACAUUUUUGUAUAUGGAAAAAGGAUAACUAGAAUUCAGGCUUCUGUUUCUUAAAUGAAAUCAGUAUUCCUUCAGUAUAGAUAAUUUGUGCUUUAUUUUGUACCAUAACUUAUUUUACUAUUCCUACUACUGAUAUUUGACCUGGAAAGUCAGUCAUGACAACAAAUACAUACAGGAUUCUUUGUUAUGAAUCACAAAUUUCUUUACCAUUUAAAUUGUCUAUAUCACUGUUCUAAAAUAGGGACUUGUGUUUUAUGACAUAAGGUAAAUGAUCAAUUUGAUCAUGUUUCUAUACUGUAAAAUGUCUAAUUAGCAAUACAGAUGAAUUUUACAUUGCACUGUUAACUCAGGAAAUGGUCACUUAUGUCCUUGUUAUUAAUAUUAAAACAUGGAAUGUUAUGACUUACUAAGUGAUCCAAACAUUUUGUGUGUGUGUGUGUGUGUGUGUGUGUGUGUGUGUGUGUGGCUUGAUUCAGAAUAGAAUAAAAUUAUACUUAAGCACUUUUUAA